GGAGGGCUGUGCCGUGCAUGCGUCUUCCUAUGGGGUGAUUUUCCAUGGUGGCCGGGGCGGCCGCAUUGGUUUAUUGGUGCAGAAGGGUCUCAGUCAACAACAGCAUGAGGAAGAGCCAUGUGGUUACAGUAGUGCUUAGUGUACAAGGAGCUCUGACGUGCACUAAUAACUGCUUCAAUACAAUAGAUUCAGCCACAGCCUACUUCCUUGUUUUGUGGUGUUGUGUGUUUCAGAUGAUGUUUGCCGGAAAAACAUGUUUAAAAGAGUUGUGUUGUAGUCAAAAUGCCUGAUAGGGGGUUCAUAGAGAGAGAAAAGUAGAUAAAGGAAAAGACGGAAUGAGAAUGAUGGAUGGGGAGAGUAAACAAAUGCUAGUGAUGACAACAAGAAAAUUACUGGAGGCUCUGACUGAUGAGAAAAGAAGAAAAAGAGCAGGAAAGAGAAGGAAAAGCACUCGGAGAGGGAGGUCAAAGUCUCUCGCAUGCUCGUUCUCUCUGCCUUGUCUCCUCCCUUCAGUGUUUGGUGUGUGUGUGGGAGAGACGGGACUGAGCUCAGUGGCUUGUCGCACCCGGUUUAGUCUGACCAAGAAGCGGCAGCAGCGACGAGCUCACCUCCCUCGCCUGACUGGCACACGAUACGCAUUUCCUCUCUUUCUCACCAUGCAGAGUUGAGAGAGCACCAUGCCACCUCCGCUGCCGUAGUGUGUGGUGAUGACACCAUCCUUCUGACCCCAGGCAGGAUGAGCCAGCGCCAGGUGAAGGAGCGGGACAAGGAGAGGGAGAAGGAGGCAGGCCUCCAAACGCCCAACAGGGAGCACGUCGCCACCCCCUCCACCCUCAGCCCGGGGGUCAGCUACAGCCACGGCUUCGAGAGAGGGAAGGAGGACCUUUUGCCUCUACCUUUGAAAGAGGACUCACAUUCCAUAUCUAAGAGCAAGUCUGAAACAAAGCUGUACAAUGGCUCAGACAAGGAUGUGUCAGCGUCUGGAGGAAAGCUCACCAAAAAGGAGUCCCUCAAGGUGCAGAAGAAAAACUACAGGGAAGAAAAGAAGAGGGCAACCAAGGAGCUGCUCAGCACCAUCACUGAUCCCUCUGUCAUCGUCAUGGCCGACUGGCUAAAGAUCCGUGGCACUCUGAAGAGCUGGACCAAGCUGUGGUGUGUGUUGAAGCCAGGCGUCCUGCUGAUCUAUAAAACCCAUAAAAACGGCCAGUGGGUGGGAACGGUGCUGCUCAAUGCCUGCGAGCUCAUCGAGAGGCCCUCUAAGAAGGACGGCUUCUGCUUCAAGCUCUUCCACCCGCUGGAGCAGUCCAUCUGGGCUGUCAAGGGUCCUAAAGGAGAAGCAGUUGGCUCCAUCACUCAGCCAUUACCCAGCAGCCACCUCAUCUUCCGUGCUGCCUCGGAGUCUGAUGGUCGAUGCUGGAUGGACGCCUUAGAGCUGGCCUUAAAGUGCUCCAGCCUGCUGAAGAGGACCAUGAUCCGCGAGGGGAAAGAGGACAUGAGCACAGUUGCCACUGGCGGAGAACACUCCAUUAAUUUCUACAGUCUCCUCCGAGCCCACAACAUCCAUGGUUUCCAGUUCAAUGACAGUGACCAUUUGAAAGACCCAGACUUGUACUCAGACAAGUCAGACAGGGAGGGUGAACAGGACCACGAGGAAUCAGACCCAGAAGGCCUGGAGAAGAGUGAGGAGAGCGACAGCGACACGUCAGAGCGUCAAGACGACUCGUACAUCGACCUGGACCCUAAUGAACAUCUGCGGGAAACUCCGUACCUGGAACAGUCCCAUGAGGAACUUGGAGAGGCUGGCGAGGCUGCCCAGACAGAGACAGUAUCAGAGGAGAAUAAAUCUCUGAUCUGGACUCUGCUGAAGCAGGUGCGACCUGGCAUGGAUCUGUCCAAGGUGGUGCUGCCCACCUUCAUCCUGGAGCCAAGGUCCUUUCUGGACAAACUCUCUGACUACUACUACCACGCAGACUUCCUGUCAGAGGCUGCAAUCGAAGAGAACGCCUACAACCGGAUGAAGAAGGUGGUGAAGUGGUACAUCUCUGGGUUUUACAAAAAGCCAAAGGGGUUGAAGAAGCCUUACAACCCCAUUAUUGGAGAGACAUACCGCUGCAUGUGGCUCCACCAGAAGACCAACAGCAAGACCUUCUACAUCGCAGAACAGGUAUCCCAUCAUCCUCCAGUGUCCGCCUUCUAUGUCAGCAACAGGAAGGAUGGAUUCUGCCUCAGUGGCAGCAUCCUCGCCAAGUCCAAGUUCUAUGGAAACUCCCUGUCGGCCAUAUUAGACGGGGAGGCUCGGCUCACUUUUCUCAACCGAGGAGAGGACUAUGUGAUGAACAUGCCCUAUGCUCACUGUAAAGGCAUCCUGUAUGGCACCAUGACCCUGGAGCUGGGUGGUCAGAUCACCAUUGCGUGUGAGAAAACGGGCUACAGUGCUCAGCUUGAGUUCAAACUGAAGCCAUUCCUGGGCAGCAGUGACAGUGUCAAUCAGGUCUCUGGAAAGAUCAAGCUGGGAAAGGAGGUGUUAGCUACGCUAGAAGGACACUGGGACAGUGAGAUCUUCAUCAAUGACAAGAAGACAGGGACGGUGGACACUUUCUGGAACCCAACACCAGAGCUGAGGCAGAGUCGACUGACCCGCUGCACCGUCCCUCCAGAGGAGCAGGGAGAUUCUGAAUCAGAAAGACUGUGGCAGCAUGUGACCCGGGCCAUCAACAACAAGGACCAGACCGAGGCCACCAAUGAGAAGUUCCUCCUGGAGGAAGUUCAGAGGAAGUCUGCCCGCGAACGAAAAGCCAAAUGUGAGGAGUGGAUCCCCGCGCUGUUCGAGCAGGACCCCGUCACCGGAGAGUGGCAUUACAGAUAUGCCGACACAAGGCCAUGGGAUCCACUCAACGACCUGAUCCAGUUUGAGAAAGACGGCUGUAUCCAGACCAAGGUCCGACACCGCACCCCUAUGGUACGUUCUGGCAGUCUUAUUAGUCUGAGUAACCAGGGGCCGCGGAGGGACAAUUGCAAGUGCCAGGUAACGGUGCCAAAGAGGAAACACAAGAGCGACAAGCCCAAGAGCCCAGAGAGUGGCUGCUCGUCACCCGAGCCCGACCGCCAAGACUCGUCUGGCAGCGAACGACACAAAAGCAAACAUAACAGUCGGAUGAGGAAAAAAGGAGCAGACCUCAGUGAACUUCAAAGUGCCAUUGAAUCUAUAAAGCAGACGCAGGAGGACAUUAACAGGAACAUCAGUGUGCUGCGGAGUCGUGCGGCAGGGCGGACGGAGGGUGGCUCUUUCCUCCAGCAGCGCGACUACGUCAUCAUUGUUUUCCUCAUCCUCCUUCAGGUCCUAAUCAACUAUGUCUUCAAGUAGCAGCCAUACCCCACAGAGCGACUGAUGCCCUCGCACACACAAACACACUCACACACUCUCUGAACAUGAGGCGUCACAGAGGGGGGACUUUGACCUCUCACAAUAAGUGACAACAAUAGUCUACUCCAACUCUCUUCUUCUCUGUCUUUAUUAAAUCCAACUACACAUGUCCAGAAAAGUGGAGACUUCCACACAAAAAGAGACUUUUUUAAAAACUCUUGUUUAUUUUUAACCAGUCCAUUCCAAAACUCUGGUGAGAUCCACAAAUUUCAAAGCGGAGAGGAGCAGCGAUAAGGAGAAGUUGUUGGAGUUGAGAUUUUGGUGUGAUGAAAUCUCGACUGCCACUCUGGAGCUUAUUUUUAGCUGUUUGUUUUUUCUGAUGGAGUGAAAUUACUCCUGUUCCACAUUUCACCUCAAAGGGGAACCACGGCCCAGAUGGUAACACAGAUUUUAAUUUGAAUGUUUUUUUGUUUUUUUUAUUGUUUUGUUUCUUUGCUUGUGUCCUAUGUGAAUAGAGGUCUGCUCGAAACAAAAAGCAGUGAUAAGGGAGCGAAAAACAAAAAGUGGUCCAAUCUAUGUGACUUUUAUUUUUUUAUUAUCAGAUACUUUCAUAUCCGCUGGGGUUUCCACACAUGGAAAUGGAUGAGAAAGACAAAUAACGCAAGUGAUAUUGUCAAAAGGAACAGAAGCUAUAAUUUCUGCUGUAUAAUAAAACUUCACCUUUUGCAUACAAAGUCAAUGUUUAAAGAAAAAAUCAGAUGUUGACACGUCAUUGUAUACUGUAGGUAGCAUGUACAGACAGGAUUGUGGUGUACAGUAUUUUGUCUUCAGGCACAAAUGCACUGGAAAUGUCAGAUGUUUGUUUUAUGUUAAGUCAUUUUUAUCAGUUCUACUGACGCUCAAGUGGACAUCAAAAUACUUUCACAUUUCUGCCCUGAAGAGGUUUGGAGCAUCAACAGAGGGUCAAAAAGAUGGGGGUUAUUAGUGAUUUUUAUGAGCUUCAGUGACCACUGCCGCAGUUUCAGGUAAAGGGAGUUGGUAUUUUUUUAAUCAAAGUCAACAAAGCUGAGUGAUAUAGUCUAAAAACUGCCUUCUUAGACCUAAUGGCAAGUUAAAGGAAUAAUCGGAAAUACCCUUAUUUGCUUUCUUGCCGAGAGUUAGAUGAGAAGAUUGAAACCACUCAUAUGUGCGUUCAAUACAGCCAGUAGCCGGUUAGCUUAGCUUAGCAUAAAGACUGGAAAUCGAGGGAAACAGCUAGCCUGGCUCUGUCAAAAGGUAACGAAAUCUGGCUACUACACCUCUAAAGCUCUCAAGUUAACACAUUGUAUCUCAUUAGUUUAAUAUAUAUAAAAACCAAAGUGAAAAACAACACAUAUUGGUUUUACAGGGAAUUACGUGCAGGGCUAUUCCUGUCUUCAACGUGAGGUUGCCAGGCAACCAGCGGACACUUGAUGUCUGGAUAAGAAUUAGUCCAGGACAUACCCCCCUGUAUAACCACAACAUAGAUUUUACACAUCAGUUUUUGUACGGAUGAAACAAACAAGAUGCAAUGUGUUAAUUAGUGAGUUUGAGAGGUGCUGGUAAGUGGAUUUAGUCUUUAUGCUAAGCUAAGCUAAAUGGCUGACAUGUUUAGCUUCAUUUUAAUUGUACAUAGUGGUAUCAAUCUUCUCAUCUAACUUUUGGCAAGGCACUGAAUAAGUGUAUUUCCCAAAAUAAACUGACUGUUCCUUUAAAAUUAGUUAUUUAAAUUGCAGUUAAGUUGUGCAACCAUAUAGACAUAAUAUAAAAGGUGUACAGACUAGCUGGUCUAAAGAAUGGUCUCUAAAUAUAAAAACAGACCCCAGACCAAGCCAUGGAAGAGAAAACCCUUAACACUCCCCUUAGCUGGUGACUGCAGCGACAUCAUGGCAAAGUCAAAUUCAGAGCAUCAGUCAUCACUUCCAGUGCUUUUGAACCUCAAAUGUUAACCAGGAAAACUAGAAUAGACACUUAAGUAAGCUACUAGUGGGAGGAAGAGAUAGACUUUUUCUAAUUACUACUAUCACCAUAGUAAACCAUUCCAAAUGUACGCAAGUACCAGCCAAACUCAAUGUGUAGAGUAGGAGUCGGCCCUGUUCACUGUGUAAAUAUCCAAUGGGAUGACUCGUUCUCGCAUGUAGCGCGUGGCAUUUCAACACCAAGGUUUCGCAAUACAGACACUCCCGCGCUCUGUGCACAAGCCAGUCUUUUCAACCUUGUGUGUCUUUCUGUCCACUGCUCUGUAGAUACACAUGGACGUGGGCAAAAAAAAAAAAAAAAAACAGAUUAGUGGGGUACACAGUUAGAUUCCCAGCGAAAAUGUCUCCAAAUGGCCUCAAGAAGUUGCUGUUAUUCAGCAGUAGUUGCAGAAUUAAAUAACUUUUGGGAAAUUUUGUAUACAUUGUGGUUCCAAUCUGUUGCCUUCCUCUUUGGAAACAUGGAUUUUGACAUUUUAAAGUCUCAGAAACAGUAUGCUAGAUAACAAAGUUCAGAAAUAAAUGGCGGAGAUAAUACCCUGAACAUUUACAGCGUUGUGAGGACUAUGACCUAUGAGGACUGACUAAGUUAAGGGCUGUGUUUAGCACUGUUACACAUAAAAACAAACUCUGGUCCCGGCAAUCUAGUUUGUAUACUGAAAAGUUAGUUUGGAAACUAUAUUUGUUUUCAGUAUCAACCAAGGAUGAAGGCAGCAUAUUAAAACCCAUACCUGACCUUUUUACCACGCAGCCGGUCAGGAUUUUCUCCUAAGAUGCAAGUAACUACUAAUUGAAGCAGUUCAAAAAGAUCCAAACCACUUAUGGACCAUAUCUGAACAUUGAUUUUGUAUAUCUCUUCGCCUGUCAUGAUGUUAGCCUUGUCGACGUUUACAUAUCCGAUUGCCUCCGCCGUCAGCAGACUGUUAAGCGAUGAAAACUUUGUAAUGCUAACACAGGUAUAAAGAAAGACUGGUAGCAUCAUCGGGAGACAGCUGUACCCCCUUAAGUUACCCGGCUGGCCCGUGUGUAUCUGUACGUGUAUUUUUGUGUGUCCUCAUUGCCUCGAUCGCUCAUCUUAAAUAGAGAAACCAGAUGUUAGAAUGUGGAGAAAUAAGUAUAUACCAGUGCCUUCUAGAGUCGGACUGGGGAGGGGGUAGAUAGGGGGUUUAGCGGAGGUGAUAGGAGGUCGGCAGGGAUGUGGGGGGUGUGGUGUGGAGCAUACUAACAUAGCCAGAGUCUAAGUCUCCAGGUGAACUAAUAAUGAAGGGAAUGAUCUGAUUGGUGGAAGGACUCAGACCUGGACUUGGACUAGGACCCUGGCGAUGGCUGUAGUCACUGUAGUGUUUUAGAGCGGACGUGCCAUACGAAGCCUUAGAAAUGAGUCUGACUCUGGCUCCACAGCUCACCACCCCACCCAGCUCCUGCCUCCCCUUCUGAAGCGUCGCCAUAGUAACUCACCCGUAGGUUUCCAGAUGCUGAUUCCUGCCACAGGAGAGAGAGGGAGGGAGAGAGACCACUCCUCUCCAUUGUCGUCCUUGUCCCUCUCUCGCUCUCUCACACACCAAAUUCAGAGGGAAAUAAACAUCUCUGCUGUCUGUUGUUGUUGCUGUAUCUGUAAAAUAAUACAUUUUAUUUAUUCCUCUUUUGUAUGUGGGUUUAUGUUUAACUUUUUCUGCUUGUAGCAUUAGAUCACUUCUCGUUUCUUGUUAAACGUUUUUCAAUGCUGAUUUUAAAGUCACACACAGUUGGUUUUAAUCCACACCUCGUUACUUGACAUCACACACAAGCGACUUGUGCACACUGUCAAUGUCAACCCCCCCACCCCGCCCCACACACACCCCUACCCUUUUUCCUAUCUGAUUACCUGAAUAUAUUUACUGUAUCUCCAUGGCAACUAUAACUUUCUAGAAGUUUAUGGUCACACGUAACAUAACACAGAAUAAAAACAAAUGACAUCC